AUGGCGACUUCCUGCCUCCUGGAGCUGAGCCGCCUCGGGCAGGGCCCCGGGGCCAGGCGGGGAGCGGCGCCGCAGGCAGCCGGGGGCUGCUCAGCACCGCGGACAGCUCCCGCCGCCGGCCUGGACAACGCCUCCUACCAGGCGCCGGAGGAAGAGGAAACCUGGUUCAGGAGCGGCGGGGAGGCGGGGAGCGGCCCCGGGGGAGGCGCCGCCCGGGCCAGGGCGCAGCGGGGAGACCUCUCGCCCAGGUCGGAGGAUGGGCCCCCGCCAGAGCCCGCCGGCCACUCCGUGGACUAUGGGUUCGUUUCGGCCUUGAUCUUCCUUGUGAGCGGGAUCGUGCUGGUGGUGAUCGCCUACGCCGUCCCCCGGGAGCCCCGGGUGGACCCCGCCGCAGUGACGGCCCGAGAGAUGGAGAGGCUGGAGAUAUACUACGCGCGCCUGGGCUCCCACCUGGACACGUGUAUCAUCGCGGGGCUGGGCCUGCUGACCCUGGGGGGCCUGCUGCUCUCCGGGCUGCUGCUGGUCUCCAUGUACAAGGGGGAGCUGUACCGCAGACGGACCUUCCCGGGCUCCCGGGGGCCACGGAAAACCUACGGAUCUAUAAACCUGAGACUGAGACAACUCGAUGGCGACGGGGGACAAGCCUUGGUAGAGAAUGAAGUCAUCCAGGUGCCGGAGUCCACAACCAUCAGCCAGGGUUCUUAGAGCCCUCACUCCUGCUGUUCCUUGGGCCUUCACUCCUGGUGAACAAACCGAUCAAAGGGGGGUUUAACUGUUCGACAUGGAGGUUUUACAUUAACUCCACACCUCAGAGCAGAGCAGGACUAUUGGAAUUUCACCUACUGCAAGAAACUAUCUGGAAGCAAGAGCAGAUAUUGAAAAUGCAGAUCGGACACUCACCUGACUAUUGAAUAUAACUAAGUACCUAGUCCAGCAGCCUUUUGGAAACCAAAUGUUUCUUUUUCUAUUUCAUUUUGGGAAGAGCUGCUUUCCUAAGCCCUGACAUUAGAAUGAAAGAAAACUUCAAGAUAUCUGGAAGUUUUCUGUGCCAUGUACAAUACUAUGUCCUCAUGACCUUUGACUGAUGUGCAGCCAAGGGUAGCCUGCAGUAAUAAGCAUGGCCAAAGUUACAGAUCGGUGGUCCUCUGCUAGUUUAUGGAACACAAAGCACAUUUAGAGUCUGUGUUUUGGGUUUUUAUGUUGGGUAUAAUUUUCAGCAGCAAACAACUUUUAAGCAAUAGUUAAUUGUAAAACUUGUGUGGCAUCGAAUCUGAGCUUUCACUAUUCCUAACUAAAAGGGAAGAAUAUGUGAAAAAUGUCACCAUUUUUACAAGUUAUGUGAAUAUAAAAGACUUCUCCAAUCCUUCACAAUAUUUGCAUUGCACCUAUCCUACUUCUGAAAGCAGGCCAGAGAAAUGGACAGCACACAAGCUUCACUCCACCUACCAGUCACACCAGCAAAUCCACGGUCCUCGAGCCUUUAAAAAAAAAAUCUGGUUCUUUGUCCGGAAGAAAAGAAAUAGAAAAAUGACUUGCAUUUUAAACAAGUUCCAGAUUUUCAUUUUAAAUGAACUUUUCUUCUCCAUUCAGAAGUCUGAGUCUGAUUAUUUGUGCUGAUGCCAGGAGACAUGGUCUGCAAUUAGGAGAUGAAGUAACAUCUUGGCAAUAAAGCCUGAAAUAUAAGUAAAGCACAAUAUUCUGCAUAGAGAGAAAAACCAGUGUAAGUAGGAAGUUUAAAAGUGGAAGGAGAUAGGAAAGUAAUCCAAAGAA